AUGCCUGCAAACAAGCUCCCCGUUGAUCUAACUGCCGAGAUAUCCAAACUCGCCAAAACCUCUCGGUUGCAAAAUGGUCUCCCCGGCUCGAUGCGAGCGCUACCCGCCAUUGCGCUAUUUGCAGGGACAGCUUUGUCCAAGACUACUGGGGCCUCCAACAUGGUUGAGAAAUGGAUGUUAGGGGAUGAAGAAGUUCCUCUGCUUGGGAGUCCGACUUCGGGAACCGCGGACAAGAGAGUCGAGGGACAGACGGGAGAUGGACAACGCAGCCAGCACGGGGUCUCAGAUCAACGGACAAAGAAUGGAUUGUAG